GAUGGUCGGCUAAUGAUCUGCUGGUCUCGACCGUAAUUUUCUCGUGCAAAUGUGUGAUUAGUGACUGGUUAGGGGAAAUUUUCACCGUUUAACCAUGGUAAUGUCGUGUCCGUACCUUAGGUUAACUUUUCUAGUCUACAGUGUGUUUCUACUGGCGUCGAAACUAUGCGUGGCAAAUGAGGUGUUCGGUUGUGGAGGUUUCAUCAAAAACGCAAACUCCGACCUCGACUUCAGCAAGGUGGAAGUCGGACUGUAUAACACUCAGGGCAGUUUGAAAAUCAAAACGGACUGUUCGCCCUCGAAUGGGUAUUAUUUUAUUCCUUUGUACGACAAAGGGGAGUACGUGCUGAAGGUUAUUCCCCCUCCCGGGUGGAGUUUCGAGCCGGAACAGGUACCGAUCAAGUUUGACGGGACAAGUGACAUCUGUAGUCAGGGUAAGGAUGUGAACUUUCUGUUCAAAGGUUUCGGUAUUACCGGUACGGUGUCAAUUUACCGGCAGACGGUGGGUGCCAAAGGAGUACAGGUUGAGCUGAGGUCUGAGAGUAAUGCCAAAAUUGGGCAGACCGUCACCGAUGGGAAUGGUAUUUUUUCGUUUACUCCCAUCAAAUCCGGGAAGUACGUGAUUAAGGUGAAACACGAUAAGUGGCACUUUGUUGUGCCGGAGUAUAAUGUGACGGUGACUACCGGGAAUACGGAGAUUCCACCGAAUUCUCUGGUUGUGGCUGGGUUUGAGGUGGAAGGCAGUGUCUUCAGUGAUGGGCAACCGUUCGGGAAUGUUGGAUUUUUGCUGUACGCUGAGAAGGGGAUGAUUUCGAUGGUGAAAUGUCCGACGGAAAAAAUUCCACCAAUCAGUGGAACGGACCCGCGAUAUGGCGGAGCUCCUCGUUGCUAUGUGGAGCCCAACAAAGCAAGCGGGAAGUUUGUUUUUCCAAGUGUGUCAGUUGGAAAGUAUCGCAUUGUACCGCAUUUCGAUAGCAAAGAUAUUCAGUUUCAUAUACGGCCGGAGGCCGUAGAAUUUGAGGUGGGCCGAGACAGUGUACGGUUGGCUGAGAGCUUUGAAGUGACUGGUUUUAGUGUGAGCGGAAAGGUGCUGCUGGCCAGCGGUGGUUCGGGAGUUGCUAAUGCGAAGGUUAAGUUGAAUGGAAGGGAAGUUGCGGCUACGAAUGCGAAUGGAAAAUAUCUGCUGGAUAAUAUUCAAGCUGGAACGUAUACGAUUCAGGUGGCGGCCGAUGAUUUGCAGUUCAAGGAUCAUAUUGUUAAAAUAGCACUGAGCAAACCGGCUCUGCCGGAUGUUAUUGUAGCAGGAUUUAAGGUUUGCGGUCAAGUUGUUUCCAAGCAGUCCCAUCGAGUUGCCAUCUCCAAAAAAGGCUCAACCUUCCAGGUGGAAAUACCAACGAAGGAAAACGCAAACGGUGAGUGGUGCACAUACUUGGAAAGCGGUCAAUACACUGUACAGGUUAUAACUAGCGAACAGGAACAUGCUGCGGGGAUUCAGUUCUUCCCGUUGACUCAGUCCUUUAAGGUCGAAACAUCUCCGUUGAGUGGAAUCAUAUUUUCCCAGCUCAGAGCUACCGUAGGAGGUGACAUUCGAUGUCUGCCGGAUGCCGGUAGUAAUUGUCCUGAAGAUUUGGUAAUCACUUUGACUGCGUUGGAUUCCAGCGGCAAUCCAUCGGGUCAGUCGUUUGUAACAGAGCAAAAAGCCGGUUUGUAUACGUUCAAUAAUGUCUUGCCGGGCAGCUACGAGGUAUCUGUACCGAAGUCCAAGUUAUGUUGGCAAAAUGAUAAAAUUAAAAUCAAUGUUAAGUCUGCAAAGGAAUCUGUUCCAAGUUUCGUUCAAAAUGGUUACGUCGUUUCGAUUGUUUCUAGUCACAGUACAAAAAUGUCUUAUAAGCAGCAAGGUGUGGAAGGAGCAAAACCAUUCGAACUUGCUUUAAAUCCCGGACUAAAUGCGUUCUGCGUACAGAAAGCCGGCACCUAUGAAAUCGAUCUCAGCGGUUGUCACAAAUACGGCACCGGCGUCGCUAAAGUAUUCAACACUAACGAAGUUUCACCACUAACAAUAACUGCACAGAAACAUCGCAACACCAUCAAAAUACUGGCGGAAGAGAAGUACGCCUAUAAGGCCAAAGUAUCCAUCGAUAAUUCCAUCCAAACGGUCGAAUUCACACCGACCGGUGAACUCUCGGAUAACCGACACGUCUACAAAUACGAUUUCUUCCUGGAAUCGGGUGAAAACAUUCACCUAACCCCGCAGAGCGACAUCAUGCUGUUCAGUCCGGUUUGGCUUGAAGCCGCCGGCGGAGCCGAUUGCACCGAAGUUCCCACCAAAAUCGUCGCCAACAAGGGCCUUCUGAUCAACGGUCGUACCAAUCCGCCGAUUCCGGAUGCGAAAAUUACGCUGCUAUUUCCGAAAAACGCUGAACUAACACCGCUGGUUGCCACGACCAACGACAAAGGGGAGUUCAAAUUUGGUCCCAUCGAUGCCGGCCUGGCAGUGGAACUGUCGGCCGAGAAAGAAUCCUACGUCUUUUCGCCGUUCGAUAGAACUACCAACAGCUUCAGCGGUCAUAAGCUGUGCGAAAUCAUCGUCACCGUAAAGGACGAUGCCGGCCAACGGUUGUCCGGUGUGCUGUUGUCGCUUUCCGGGGCGGAAAGUUAUCGCAAAAACUUGGUAACCGGUGAGGAUGGUACAAUUAAGUUCCACUCGCUUUCACCGAGUGAGUACUACCUGCGAGCGAUGAUGAAGGAGUACGACUUUAAACCCAACUCCAAGCUGAUCGAGGUGAAGGAAGGAGCCACCGUCGUGCAAGAGUUGCUCGGAACUCGAACAGCUUUUUCGAUUUUCGGCUCGAUUACUUCACUGAAUGGGGAACCCUUCGCAAACGUUUUCGUUGAAGCGAUGACGGACGAUCGCUGCGGAAAUCACCUAGAGGAAGCCACCAGUGAGUUCAAUGGUCUGUACCGAAUUCGAGGCCUCCAACCGGGCUGCCAGUAUCGUGUUCGAGUGCGCACCAACGGACCAAACUCUAACGUUGACCGUUCGAUUCCGAAAGAGAAACUCAUCAGCAUCGAAAAGGGUGACAUUCGUGACGUCAAUAUGAUCGCCAUCAGCCCACUAACCUUCGUGGACGUAACCGUACGGGUACUGGCGUCGGAAAACGACUACUACAAAACCCUCAAAAUAUUCCUAUACAAAAAGGGUAGCGAUUCGCCCGUUCACUCGCAACGAAUCGAAUCCCCACUGAAUCCAAAAAGUAAAAUCAACCCCGGCAUCAUGGUGUUCUUCCCUCGCAUCCCAUUCGAUGGGAAAACAUACUACAUCGAACUGACCACCACCCUAUCGGAUAAGAACUACAAAUACACCCUCCCCGCGGUGCAGUUCGCCGCGAACACCAGCAGCUAUUUUACCGAGCUGCAUUUCCGGCCGGAACUGCGUACGGCGGAAAGUGAUCUCAACCAGAAUUCCCUGUCGGCCAUUGUGCUGAUCUUUAUCGUUGGGUUUAUCUUCUUCAAGCAGGAUCUUGCCCUGGAACUGCUGGGGAUGGUAUGGAACAAGCUGGGUUCCGCGGUCGGUGAAAUCGUAAGCCGAUCGAAACCGAAGGAGCAGAAGUACGAACCGGCCGCUUUCGACGAGAAGGAAAUUGAUAAGCUUGCCUCCAGUAUCAAUGCGAUUAAGAAGAAGAAGGUUAAGAAAGCUAAUUGAGUGUUGGGGGUAAUGGGUUGAAGAGGGUUGUAGUGGAAGUGGUAGUAAGUGAACAAUAAAAAGUAGGUUGUUUCCUAUGAACAAAUGGUAAUCACA